AUGGAGAGCAGCGGCCCGAGCCCGGAGCGGGGUCCCGGGCAGCCGCAGCCCCCUCCCGCCGCUCCCUGUGCGGAGCAGGCGCUGCUGCGGGCGCGGCUGGCGCUGCCCGAGCCCGGAGCGCUGCGGGAGCUGGAGGCGCUGCUGGAGGCGGCGGAUCCGCGCUGGCUGCUGGGCUCGGCCGGCCCCGCGGCCCUGGGCGAGCUGGCGGCGGCUCUGAGCCGCUCCGCGGCCCCUCCGCGCCGGGAGGCGGACGGGGCCGAGCCCCCCGGGCAGGACGCGGCGCCGGCGGCGGUGGCGGAGCGGGCGGAGCGCGUCGGUGCCGCGUUCCUGCUGCUCCUGCGGAAGAUGGAAGCUGCCGGCGGCCAGCGAGCGCUGGGGACGGCCGCGGCGCGGCCGGUGCUGGGACACGCGUUCAUCUUCGCCGUCACGCACAAAGAGCCGAGGCGCUGGACCACGGAGAGGAGUCGGGCGGUGGCUCGGGAGCUGCUGGAGAGGCUGGUCCAGGCCGCGGGCUGCGGGUCCGUGGAGGAAUUCCUGCGGGGAAAGGAGGGGGAUGAGGAAGGAAGAUUUGGAGCAGUGAUGGGGCUCCUGAAGCAGGAGUUAACCAAAGACACCUGGAAGCGUAACCCUGCCUCCAAGGACGUGUUCUCCUGGGCCCUGCUCCGCGUCGGCCGGCCCUGGCUGUGCCCGCACCUGGAGCGGGUCCUGCCGCCCGCGCUGCUGCUCUCCGAUGACUUCCAGGAGGAGAACAAAGUGCUGGGCGUGCGCUGCCUGCACCACAUCGUCCUCAACGUGCCAGGAGCGGAUCUGUGCCAGUUCAACCGGGCCCAGGUGGUGUUCCACGCCCUCUACAACCACCUCUACUCGCGGGAGGCGCCUCUGAUCCAGGCAGUGCUGCUGUGCCUGCUGGACCUGCUGCCCGUGCUGGAGCGAUGCCAGCGGCACCAGGGCCACGGCAGAGCCACCUCCCCCUGGGACCAGGUGCUGCAGCUGGUGCUGACCCACAUGGAGGCCGAGCAUCGCCUGGCCUUGCGUAGGGUCUACGCAGGGACCCUGCCAGCCUUUGUCACCAGACUCGGCAUCCUCAUCGUGAGGCACCUGAAGAGGCUGGAGAGAGUCAUCCUGGGCUACCUGGAGGUCUCUGAUGGCCCCGAGGAAAAGGCCAGGCUGGGAAUCCUGGAGACUCUGCAGUGCACCAUCGAGCACGCCUGGCCCAGGAUGCCCUGCAGGCUCCCCGUGCUGCUCAAGGCGCUGCUGAGGCUGCUCUGGGACGUUCACACGGAGCGGGGCCCGAGCCCCGAGCCCGUCAGAGCCGCCCUGCUGCGCGGGGCCACGCAGUGCCUGGUGCUGCUGGACCGCUGCUCCCAGGGCCGCGUGAAGGUGCUGCUGGAAGGGGUGCACAGCAGCUGUGAGGAGAACCGGGUGAGGGAAUGCCUCAGGAAGGUGCAGGAGAGCGCCUGAGGUGCCUGACACUGCUCUCAGCCCCUUUUGUACAGUAAAAU